AGCUUAUAUUUAAAAUGCGAAUGCAGGGCGGAACCAUAAAACUCACAUGUUUGCGGGGAAACAGUUUGAAGUGAACAACCCACUGGACUUGCUGAUGAAACCAAUUUCGAUUAUACUGAGCUGAUGCAGGUUGAAUGAGCUGACAGCUGUUUAAAUACAUACGAUCGAAGGGGACACAUUUUAAAGGAGAAGGUGUUGGGGGCGCGACCACGAUGGAGCUCUAUGAACAACUAACGGCCCAAGGGGACAAAGUCAGAUCCUUGAAAACCGCUAAGGCUGACAAAGCAGAUGUUGACGCAGCCAUCCAGCUGUUACUGAAGUUGAAAGUGGACUACAAAGAAGUAACCGGUCAGGACUACAAAGCAGGGUGUCCGCCCUCAGGAACGGCUGUUAGUAACGACAGGCAAUCAGAAAAUGGUGCCGAGGAGGAUACUGUGGAUCCCUGGAACGUCGCCACGAAUAGUGCCAAAGGAGUGGACUACGAUAAACUCAUAGUGAGAUUUGGCAGCAGUAAGAUUGACCAGGAACUGGUGGACAGAAUUGAGAAGGUGUCGGGACAGAAACCCCACCGCUUCCUACGAAGGGGGAUCUUCUUUUCCCACAGAGAUAUGAAUCAGGUCCUGGACGCCUACGAGAAGCAGAAGUCCUUCUACCUGUACACCGGUAGAGGCCCCUCGUCACAGGCCAUGCAUGUAGGACAUCUGAUUCCCUUCGUUUUCACCAAAUGGCUACAGGAUGUGUUCGACAUCCCUCUGGUGAUCCAGUUAACGGACGAUGAGAAGUACCUGUGGAAGGACCUCUCGCUAGAGGACUGCCACCGCUUCGCCGAGGAGAAUGCCAAGGACAUCAUCGCGUGCGGCUUCGACGUGAACAAGACCUUCAUCUUCUCCGACCUCGACUACAUGGGUUCAUCCCCAGAGUUUUAUAGAAAUGUGGUUAAGGUUCAGAAGCAUGUUACCUUCAAUCAAGUCAAAGGCAUCUUUGGAUUUUCUGACAGUGACUGCAUCGGGAAAAUCAGCUUCCCAGCCAUCCAGGCCGCACCGGCCUUCAGUAGUUCUUUCCCACAAAUCUUCAAAGGACGGAAGGAUGUUCAAUGUCUCAUCCCGUGUGCCAUUGACCAGGACCCCUACUUCAGGAUGACCCGUGACGUGGCCCCCCGGAUUGGCUAUCCUAAACCCGCCCUAUUGCAUUCCACCUUCUUCCCUGCCCUGCAAGGGGCCCAGACCAAGAUGAGCGCCAGUGACGCCAACUCCUCCAUCUUCCUCACAGACACCCCAAAGCAGAUCAAAAAUAAGGUAAACAAGCACGCAUUCUCUGGAGGAAAAGACACAAUCGAGGAACACAGGGAGCAAGGUGGUAACCCAGACAUUGACGUCGCCUUCAUGUACCUCACCUUCUUCAUGGAGGAUGACGAACAGCUGGAGAAGAUCAGACAGGACUACACCAGUGGUACUUUGUUGACAGGAGAGUUGAAGAAGAUGUUGAUUGAGACGCUCCAGCCAAUGAUCACAGCCCAUCAAGAGAACCGCAAAAAUGUCACGGACGAAAUGGUCAAACAAUUUAUGACCCCCAGACCGUUAAAUUUUAACUUUUAGCCCCGAGAACACUAUUCCCGCUAUUCCCUGCUGUUGAAGGAAGCAUGGCAUUGCAAACGCUUACGAUCUAGCAACCACGACGUGUCACCUCAAUGUUUGUAUGGCUGUGAUCAGUGUACGACGAAGGUAGGAGUGUUACCCUGUCUUAAGCUCAGCCCAUCCUUUCAAAUGACAAGUAAAGUGAUAUCCCUCA